ACAGGAGGGCGUACGUUGCGUCGCGUAGUUUCCUGCCAAAUCUUGGUCGUUUCUUAUCCAGUAAAGGUUCGAGUAAUGUGCUGUAAUCAUAGUCGAUCUUGUCGAGUUCGUUGCGUUUAAAAUGAAUCAAAUUUUGAAGAUCGGUGUGCUUUUCGCGACUCUCGGAUCGCUAUCGUGCACGAACGAUAUUACUCAGCAAUAUGGAACAGCCAAGUACGGCGAGGGAUGCAUAAGAGAUCGUAAUUGCAUUCCGCAUGCAUUCUGCAAGGCACAAAUGACCUGUAUCUGCGAACAGUAUUACUCGCCCACCCCGGACAAGACUAUGUGCAUCGCUAGCGAGGGAUUAUUUUGCACGGAAGAUUCGACUUGUCGAUCGAUGACGAACGCCGAAUGCAAACAAGGGAAAUGCGCUUGCAAAGAUUCCUACGUUUUGGACACGACCAAUUCCUCGAAUUGUAUUAACAGGCCGUCGAUGGUGGGCGAUCGUUGUCAGAGGAUCGACGAUUGUCAAGACGUACUUGGUCGUGCUAUGUGCAUCAAUGAAAUUUGUCAGUGCGUCUCGGGGUACCACUUUGUCAAUCACACUGGAAAAUGCAUCCAGACAAGAUUUUUGUACAACACGUGCACGAAGGAUUACGAAUGCAUGGGACUCGGUAAGGAAGAUAUCCUUAUAUGCAAAGGUAGCCAAUGCGUUUGUAAGGAUGGAGGAGCGAAUUGUAGCAAAGCUUCCAUGUACGCAAUUCUUGGAAUUCCACUGAUACUUUUAUCGUUACUACAUCGACUUUUUUAGAACAGUAUCUCUAAACAAAUUU